AUGUCAAAAAAAGCCCCAUCAGAAACUUAUAUUUCUGAUAAUAGCGAAACAGAAUGCGAAAUUGUCCAUGAAUCCAAUGACAAUAAUGAGGAAGAAGUUGAUCUUCUUGGAGAUUAUGAGGAAGAUACUGAGGAAAUUGAAUUAUUACAUUUGCGUUUAAAUGAUAUCCCAAGUCUAAGACUUGAAAGAUUUCCAAAACUACAGAGAUUAUGUCUUCGACAAAAUCUUAUUACUAAAGUUGAAGGACUUGAUAAUUUAUCGAACCUUAAAGAUCUCGAUUUUUAUGAUAAUCGAAUAUCAUACAUAGAAAAUUUAGAAAAAUUGACUGAAUUAGAUUCAUUGGAUUUGUCUUUUAAUAAAAUUCGAGUUAUUGAAAAUGUUGGAAAUUUAAUUAAAUUAACGAAUAUUUAUUUCGUUCAAAAUAAAUUAUCAAAGAUUCAAAAUUUGGACACUUUGGUCAUUGAAAAUUUAGAUAAACUUGUUAAUUUGGAACAAUUGUGGCUUGGAAAGAAUAAGAUUGCAGAAUUAAAUAAUUUGAAUAGCUUAAGGAAUCUUAAAAUUCUUAGUAUACAAAGUAAUCGUUUGACUAAAUUAAAGGGAUUGGAGGGUUUGGUUAAUUUGGAGGAAAUCUAUUUGAGUCAUAAUGGUAUUCAGAAACUUGAAGGGUUUGAAAAGAAUUUGAAAUUGAGAGUCAUUGAUAUUAGCAACAAUCUUAUAAAAAAAAUUGAAAAUAUAUCUCAUUUGACGGAAUUAGAAGAAUUUUGGGCUAGUAAUAAUCAAUUGACAAAUUUCGAAGAAUUAUCAGUGCAAUUGGCCCAUCUUAAAAAGAUGACUACGGUUUAUCUGGAAGGAAAUCCAAUGCAAGUGGAUAAUCAUGCAACAUAUAGACUAAAAAUCAAAACCCAUUUACCUCAAUUAACUCAAAUAGAUGCCACGUAUGUACAAUUGUAA